UCGUUUUGUUCGCGUUGUGUUGACAAAACAAAUCGAAGAAAACUGACGACAGGUGGCUGGUCGCCGACCACUUACGAACAUUUCUAUAACGUCAACAUUCAACAACAAUACCGUUGUUGUUGCUGUUGCGUGCAAGCCCAGCCGAGUUGAAUUCCGACUGGAACUGACCGGCCAGAAGAUGUUGGAAGAGUUGGCGAUCGAUUACGCGGAGUACCUGAAGGUUGACAACGAAAACGAGGUGGGCGCGCUGAAAGACGUCGUCGAAGACAUGCUGACUAGGUUGGAAGAAUUUCAGACGUUCAUGGAAAUGGUACGAGCAUUGCGCGUUGAGAGUACUGUGAUGCAUUACGAUACAAUUAAAGGAAUGAAGUCCAAGGUUAAUGAACUCACUGGGACUGUAAACAAAUUGGAAAAACUUGUCAAUAAAGUUGCUGAAGAUGUUGAUUUAGUUGACCAACAACUAACCGAAGCUGAGGCUUGCAUGCCAAUCAACAAGGACGGUCCACUGAACUCAAUAUUAAAACCAUUUUUCAAAAAACAAGAAGACCAUUCUUCUACAAAACAAUUACCUGCUUAUGAACCUCCAGUGAUUUUUAAGUCUGAUGAUUACUUUCAAGCAGCAGAAGCAAUAGAUGCACUUAAAAUAACUGAAAGCGGUACUAGCCAUAAAUAAUUCAAAUGUGGAUUAUGAUUUAACUAAAAUAAAAUAAGUUAUAUAUUA